AUGCCGGUCACUGUGGUUGAGGGCCCCAAAUCCGGCUCGAAUCGGUCGGAAGUGUGGAAGUAUUUUACGGAAACGGUCGGUGGGGCCAAGUGCAAGCUGUGUGGCCAGUUGCGUGUUCGCUCUGACAAAAGCACCAAGACCAUGCACGACCAUUUGCGUACGGCGCACAAGGAUGUCUCAUACCAGAAGGCAUAUCCUAACAGGAAACCGCAGCGCAUCGUACCUAAUAUUCGACCGCCAAAGGUGAGGGUUGUUAGUUGUAGUAAUUUUUGAUAUUAAUUUCUUUAGUAUACUACAUUUUAUAGGUUAAAAAGUUAUACACGGUACAUGUUUUUGGUUUUUAGUGUGUUUUUGUACAUUUUUUAUAACUAUUUAUGAAAAAUAUUGCUUUUAGUCCGUAUCCGAAAGCAAAUCGACAGUAGUAUCAACGGCCGUUCAUCAAUCACGUAAAAUCGAGGUGGAUGCCGAUAGACAUGUAUUAUGUUUAAUAUUGCGUUGCAUGGUAGACUUCAAUACAGUUUUAGCAGCUCCUGAGUUUCAGUCUUUGAUGCAAGCAUUAUAUCCUACUUAUAAAGUAGGUGAUUUGUAUUGAUAUUGAUUUUAUGUUUUUUAUUGGUCAUUAAUUGUUGAAUUUGUUUAAAACAGCUAAAUUUGCAAUGUUUCAGAUGAAGUCUCGAACUCAUUAUGGUUGUGUUGUAAGCGAAAGAGAAUCAAAUCGUAUCUCGUAUCAAGUAACGCCUAAGAAUAAGGAGUUUUUCUCAUUAACAGCCGACUGGAUUUCCAGUGAUUUUGAUAAUCUUAUAACGUAAGUUUUAUAUUUUCUUUAUUAUUUUUAAUAUAAUUUUUUUAUACGUUUUAUUAUGUUGUGUUUUUUAGAUUCUCAUCUCAUCAUCUUACUGAAGAUUAUAAGGACGUUAGUGGAAUCUUGUUUGCCAAUUCUUUUGGACCGUCUACUUCAGACUUGGACAUUGCCGAACGUUUCCGGCAAAAACUACGCGAAAUGCAUGUUGAUAUUAACAAAUUGGUCGCAAUAUGUCAUAAUGGCAGCUUUGUAAAUAUUUCUCGUCUUUUAAAUGUAAAUAGGUAAGGAGUUUUACACAAUUGUUUGGCUUUAUGUCUUCAUUGUGAAAUUUUUUAUGCAUUUUUGUUAUUUUUCAUUUAAUAUUGAAUAUCUUGGAUUUUUUAGUUUUGAAUGUGGUGCCAGGGUGAUAUCUCGUGUUGUGCAAAAAGCCCUGGACGUCGAUUGUGUACAGUUUAUCAUAACCAGAGCCAGAAAUUUAAUCGAAAAUUACAAGAAACACGCGAAAACAAAAACAUUUUUUCAUGACCGCUUCAUCAAGAAUGUAAGUUUUACGCUUGAGGUUUGAAAGUUUUACAGGUAACCCUGAUUACGAUUAAAAUUGACAAAAAAGUUGUAGGAAGCCAAAAAGCAUAACAUUUGUUAAAUAUAUUUAAAAUUUUUAGGACAAAAACUGGGUCAGAGCUUGUGAAAUGCUGACAGCGUUGGUGACAAAUUCCGAAACCUUGAACAUUAUAGCUGAAGAAUUGAGUAAAAAGGAAACAAAUACAAGGUUAUGCCUUGAUGAAGAAGAAGCCGAAGUUUUUUCACAUUUGUCCAUUAUCAUGCUUACCUUCAGGGAAGAGGCGAUACGAGUAUGUUUUGAUAAAAGCUUGAUUCAUAAACAAUAGUCGUCAACUGUAAAUUGUAGUUUUGAGUAUAGUGAAUAUAAAGAAAGACGUAGUAUUUAUUUCUUGCGGUAUAUUAUGAUAAUAUAGAAAUUUACAUCAAAAACCCAUUGAUUUAAUUUUAGCUUUCCCAAGAUUGUGCGUCCGCCUACUUUCCUACUUUCAUCAAGCUCAAAUCUUUCGUGGACUGUUAUCACCACACGACUGGCGGUGUUAUCGAGGUAUUUAUCAACACUCUAAAACAAGAGCUUUCAUUUAUCUGCGAACAAAUCAAACAAAACAAAUUCCUGAUGCUUUGCGCUGUGGUGGAUCCACGUUUUCGUAAUCGACCAGACUACUGUCAUGUGGAUUGGGGCCAAAUGGAAGGCGACUUCCUUGAUUUCGCCCUAAAUUGUGCUCUAAAAGUUCAGCCACAGAUUGAGAAACGAGAAGAACCAGCAAAUAAUAUCACCCAAAUAUUUGAAUUAAUGAUCAACAGGGUGGAUAAACAACAACAAGACAAUGGAUGCAUAAAGUUGGCUCCAAAAGAUGUGAAGGAAGAAGUCCGAGAAGUUACUAAAGAGGUCGUGACAUCAGAAUCAGAGAAAAUCGAAGACAAACAACUAAGAUCAACGAAACCCGUAGACAUCUGGAGCAAUGUGCCAUCAAUGAGAGAAGAAAACGACCUCAACUUUAGAUUGUCAUUCUCUGUGACAUUAAAGUGUGAACUGGACCAGUUUGCUAAGAUGGAAUGCAUUGACCGCAAUUCGUCGCUACAAGAAUGGUGGAUACAACAUUCAAACGAAUUCCCGAGGUUAAAGCGAUUUGCGAUUAUCUUGAAUGCAAUCCCGGCAACGGCUAUAUGUUCAGAUCAACUUUUCGGUCCUGAGGCUACACAGUAUUCGGCAAAGUUGUUGAGAUGGUAAGUAAACCAAAAGUCGUUCCCAAGAUUAAAAUAGUAAAUAUUAUUCUGUGAAUUUUAACUUUAAAAUUACGGCAAGGAACGUGUUACGUACGCCAUUUAAUGCCUUACUUUAGGUUCGGCCAUAAGUCGACGGCCAACUGUUUGAUGAUCAAGUCGAACAUGAGCCCUUUUAAACGUCUACCCUUCCAAUUCCAGCCUAAUAAAACCGAAGAUGACUCAUGA